UCUGUUAAAUUUACCACAUAAGGAGCCCAAAUAAAACUCGCAUACUGGCGCAUUUUCUUUCAAUUAUCUGCUGAAAUUGCACGCCUCCCAACAUGAAUUUUCUUUCCUCUAAAGAACCGAGAGAAAGAACACACACAAUCUCACAUCAUGAGUAAGAUCUUGAGGGAGAAGAAAGGUUUCCUGGUAGAAUUGAACAUAGAAUAGAAUUCAAUGUAGGGUUGAGGGGUCAACAAAUGGGGGCCUGGUUUGGUACUGGGAUUAUAAAUGAAGGCACUAUUAUGUGGCAUGGAUUGACGGGAACGGGAAAACGGCGAUCUAGGCAUUUUUAUUUUGGCUUUUAUAUGAUUAAUUUAUUUGUUUACUAUAUUAUAUUUUUACUGUAAUCUUAAUUAUGGGAUUUUAAGUUAAAAAAAAAGAUUUAUUUUAUUUUAUUUAUAAUAAUUAUAAUAAAAUAAUUAAAAAAAAUCACCGAACGUUGUAAUUUGGUUUUCCUUCCCUUAUUGCAGACGCAGCAGCGUCUAGUUGGACUCAAUUCUCGUGCAAGAGUUGGGAUUUCAUCGGCGACUGCAAUUCCGUCGUCUUCACCGUUUUGUUGCAGACCGUGACACUUGACCUGAGCCUCAGUUCUUCUCCGGCAACCGUUCCUUUGUCGACCUGUCGCCGAUCCUUUCAUCGAUUUAUUGAUCUGGAUAUCUAUGUAUAACCUUUGAAGCUGAGAAAUUAGAGUAUUGGGGAAGAGGAAUGGAGGCGCAAAAGUACGUGUGGGAAGGUGCAAUUCCUCUGCAGAUACAUCUAAAUGAGUCCGAAGUGACGACUCUUCCUCCUCCUCCUCCAGCUCUCAUCUUAGCUCCACGGAUUGGGUACUUGCCUUUGCUUAUUCCUUUGAUAAAGCCUCACUUUGCUGCUACUCUUCCUCCUGGGGUUGACACGGUUUGGUUUGACUAUAAAGGCUUGCCUCUCAAGUGGUAUAUACCAACAGGAGUUCUCUUUGAUCUUCUGUGUGCUGAACCGGAAAGGCCUUGGAAUUUGACGGUACAUUUCAGAGGAUAUCCAAAUAAUUUAUUGAUUCCUUGUGAAGGUGAAGACUCUGUAAAGUGGAGCUUCAUUAAUUCAUUGAAAGAGGCAGAUUACAUAAUUAGUGGAAAUUGCAAGAAUGUUAUGCAUAUGUCUCAAUUUGAUCAGUUGGAACUCUGGCACUCUGUGAUGAAUGGUAAUUUGGAAGCAUACUUACGCACAUCAUCUAAGCUUAAAUUUGGAAUAGUUGAGGAUGAGUAUACGUUGAAAAUAGAUUUGUGCUCACAAAAAUCUCGGAAGACCACUGGUGAGGUGGGUAUGGGUGGGCAAAUGAAGACAGGUAAAAUCCCAGUUCGAUUGUACAUCUGGAGUGUUAGCGAGGAUUUUGAAGAUUUUGAAGAUAUGCCAAAAAUUGAUAGUUGGGACAAAAUUUCUUACAUAAAUCAGCCUAUUGAGAUUCACAGAGAAGAAGGUAAAUGUUUCACCCUACAUGAUGCACUGAAAAGUCUUAUGCCAGAAUUUUUGGUGGAUAAAUCCUUGAUUGAUGAGGAAUCAUUUAGAUUAGAAGGUGAAGAUGAACAAGUAAUAUUGUCUGAAGAUUUGAGCAGCAACAGAAUGGCAGCAGAGGGAAGGGAAAUUUCAUGUCAAUCUGUGGAGUCUACCUGCACAUCUGGUGCUGCUGAAAUUAAACUUGUCCGCAUUCAAGGGAUUGAACCAAAACUUGAGAUACCCUUCUCUUGGGUAGUGAAUAAUUUGAAGAAUCCUGAGCACUUUCUUCAUAUUUGUGUGUGUCUCAAAUUUCCACAAGUAAAUUCUUUGGACAGGCUGCUUGGUUAUACUACUCAGAUGCAGCAGUAGCAGGACGAAGAGAAAGAGAGAAAGAUGGUAAGCGAUCUUGGAACGGGGGAAAGAAGAAUAUAUAUAGGCGGCAAAAUUUUUUGAUAUUUGUGUUUUUAUGAAUUCCUUAAUGAUGGAAAAAAAAAAAUCUGAAAAUAACAAUAGAGCAAUCCGUUAUUUUUACCAACAAAAAUAAGAUUUUAAAAGAGAAGAAGAUACCACAAGUACGAGCAAUCAAAAUUUAAAAAAAAAAGCUGCAUUUUUAUUUUUUUAUAA